CAAAAGUUAAAGUUUUAAUGUUCCAAAUUUCAUAGAAUGUGUUGUUUAGUAAAAUUUAUCCCUUUUCUGAUUUUAAUAUGAUAUUUCUAAGCGUUAGAGAUAUUUUCGGAAGCAUAAUCUCUGUGGGAUAUAUUAACAAAGCUCUUUGCCGAUCUGUGCUUUGCUGGUCUCUUAGUUGAUAAACAGUUGUUAUUAUCUUUUGUUUAAUUUUGUUUAAGAAAUUGUCAUUGACUUCUACUUUUUUCUUACUUUUUGAUCUUAAGACCUCAAUAGAAAGAUUACUGAACAAAUCAGUUUCUGAUUUAAAUUAUCCACAAUAAAUUGGACUGCGAAAUGGUUUUGGCUUUAUCGGGUAUCAUCUCAUAUAUUACUGAUAUUCAGGCUGCUAUUAUGUUUCUGAUACGGGCGUGUUUAUCAUUACUUAACAGAUCCGAGAAGGUCGGGCGUCUCCAAAUAUAAUGGCGUAAUAUUCGGCAAGGACACUGGAAUGUGUUCUUGAUUGUGUGUAAAAAUAUCGGGGGUCUUUAAGUAUGAAGGCGUGAUAUUCAACAAUUACACUAGUAUGAGUCAUUGAUUGUGUGUGUCUAUCAUAGCUAAACUGGUCCAAGAAUGUCGGACGUAUCUAAUUGUGAUGACGUAAUAUUCUAUAAUUACACUUGUAUGGGUGAAUAAUAAGAGGAAGAGGCUUCCGUAAACUGCAUUAGUUAAGAACUUACUAAAAUGAUCUUUAUACUAUUGUUACUAUUUGAUCUUUUCUUUGAUCCUUUCUUUGGCGUCUAAUUGCUUGCUAUGCAAUUGCUGAUUGUGUGUGUCUAUCAUAACGAUACUGGUCCGAGAAAGUGUGGAUAUGAUGGCGUUAUACUUAUUCGACAAUUACACUUUUAUGGGGAAAAUGAUAAGAGGAGGAGGCCCUUGUAAACUCUUCAGAACAUGCUAAGGUGGACUUUACUAUUGAUAUUGAUCUUUUCUUUGAUCAGAACAGAUGAUCUAAUGAGGCCACGUGUACGGCGGUAAAACGGACGAUAAAUUGACUUCGGUACUCUUGUAAACGUAAAUAUAGAUGUUUGCUUAAGCAUUAUUCGGCAUAUAUGAUCUAACAACUUGAUUUAGUCUUUCAAUAUUUACGCUUCACUGUCGGUUUGGGAUAUUUUUGAGACGUAUAUGUUCUCCAAUAUGAUUCCUAUAGAAGCAGUUAAAAUGAAGAAGAUGAUAAAGCAAUUAUACAUCUUUUUUGAACAAGACAUGCCCUGAUCUAUCGAUUAUGAUUCUGGGGAACAUAAGUUUAUUUAACUUUCAUUAUUUAUCACAUCUUCUACUCUUUUUUUAAAUCCUGCACCACUUUAGUGAUGAGGGUAUAUUGGGUUUGAGCUGAUGUUUGUAACGUACAAUAAUAUUGGGCCUAUACCCACCUUAAAGUAUUGUAUUGUAUUGUAAUCAAACUACAGGUCGCAAUUUUGAAGACAAUUCAAUGAAAUUUGGUACAUGAUCUUCUAUUGUUCCCGGGACGAAGCCUAUUGAUAAUGGUUAAGAUUGGUUUAUCACCUCACCUAGCCCCCAUACAACUAAACCCCCGAAUAGGGUUUGUAAAUCUUGUAAUCUAACUAUAGGUAGCAAUUUUGGAGAUAAUUGCAAUGAAAUUUGGCACAUGAUCUUUUAUGGUAAUGUAGGCGAAGCCUAUUGAAAAUAGUUAACAUCGGUCCAUUAUUUCAUUUAGCCUCCUUACAACUGAAUCCGCCAAAUAAGGCUUCUAAGUUCAUAAUCAUGUUUAAUAUACCAAGUUCUAUACUAGGCUUGAUGACCUCAUGAACUUUAUAAUUAAAGGGACUCAUUGGACCCUAGGCCCUAUAAAGACCCCCCUUUAAAAUUUAACUUAAAUGUCCACAAAUAAAUGACUUAAAUAUAUCUGAAGCAAGGUACAAUUCAACUUAAAUUCAUUUUUAUGAAAACUACAUCACUACACUACUACAUCAGGUGUAGGGUAUUUUAUGAAUAAAGGCACUCCUACAAGUAUGAAUUCAUAAAAAAUAAUUAGAAAUUAAUUUGUUAAAUCAUAUCAUGUUAGCAAACAAAAACAAACUAUCCUGUUAAAUAUAAUUAUUCAGUCAGUUGUAAGACAUUUUUGAGACAAACAAGAUGUACGGAAACUUUGUAAUUUUCAUAUUAAACAUUUUAAUAAUGUCCUAUUCCCAGGCUUUGGAUCAAAUAGAACUUACACAAACUCUUACAGAGUCCCCAACUUUAGCACCAUCCGAUAAUGAUAGUAGUAUUUUCAUAACAUGUGAUUUUGAUUUGGAAAAUAUUGAAAGUUUAUUACAAUAUCUACCCGAAAUUUGUACGGAAAUUUAUAAUAAUCGUUCCUCCAGUUAUUUAUACGAUUUAUAUUUAGAGGAAUCACAAAAUUUUGCCAAAUUUUAUAAAAAACUAAAUGAUUAUGAGUUGCGUGAUCAGCCACAAGGUGAUAAACAAGAAUUGAGCAAAUAUCCUUUUGAAACAAAACUACGGAAUGACACCUAUAGCAAAGCCGAUUGGUCACAAUGUGUUACAACUGCCAACAGUUCGGCCUCGGAUUAUUUAAAGUGUUUGAAGGAGAAACGUCUUGAAUUGGCGGAAUUGAUACCUAAUGUGGAGAAAAAUAUGAACUGAAGAAUUAUUUGUUAUUCAUGAAGUUGUUAAAUACAUAAUAACAUAUAAUUUGAAAAAUAAAAAUUUUAUAUAUUAUGCCUUAAAAAUAAAAUGUACCGGAUUCAUAAUAGUUUUGUGUCAAUUCUACUGACUUAUUUAUAUUCUAAAUUUAAUCUUAAUAUCCAUACAGCAAUUUACAAUUAAUUAUCUCAUACGUCUCUUUCUAUCUUUUAUUAUGUUUUGAAAUAUUAUAUCAAUAUCAUAGUUUGUGAUUUUUUUUGAUAAGAUAACGAUAUUUUUAUGAAUUCUGUCAUUACUAACUUAAGUUUAUUUAAUAAAUUUGUUUGUGUAAAAGAUCUUUAAUGCUGU